ACCGAUAAAACCAUCCCUCCAAGACACUUACAGAGACCAAUCAUUUCUUAACCUAAUUUCUGCCAGAUUUUGAGUGAUCGAUGAUGAAGAAUACCCAAAUCCUACAAACCCUUCUCCAAGAAAUAAUCGAGUGGAUUAAAAAGUCCUACGUUGUCUGCGACAAAAACAAUAAAAGGGAUAGCAAAAACCAUGUCUAUAGAAUGAAUAUCCCAUGUUCUUUAUCAGACCUGAGAAUUUUCCGUAAUUAUGUCGCAAGCUUGGGUGCUGACUCUGACCUCAGUUCGAACAAUCACUUGAAGAUGUGGAACAGUGUGCUUUGGGAAGGCAGAUUCAGCCAUAACAAGUACAAACUAGUUGCAGAAAUGGUGAAAUCUUUCUUGAAUGACCUUAACGAAGUGUUCAAAGUGCCAAAGCUUCAGAAAGAGGAAGAAGAAGAAGAAGGUAUUAAUGCCCUAAAAAAAAUUAGACUUGUAGCUGGAUUUGUUGAAGUUCUUGGCCAAUUCCUUAAAAACAACAAAGAUUUAUCUGUAUCUGGAAUUAAUGAUGUUCUUAAGGAGCUGAGAUGUUUCAUCACCAUUUUUCAAGACACACCUUUUCAAGCGAGUGAGGACGAACAAGUUCAGUGCCUGCUAGAACAAUUUGAAGGUGUAGUGAACGACGCAGGAAGAUUUGUGCACUCUGUCUUAUUUUCGUAUGAUCGAAGUUGUAAGAAAGUGGAUGAAUCUUUCUCUGAAACUAUUACCCUCUUGAAAUGUAAUGUUACUGAAUUCUUGAAGACACUGCCGAAUUUGAUCACUUCCAAGGUUGUUUAUCGCGAUGUUGAUUCUUACUUCAUUGUCGAUUCUCUCUUGAAUGAAAUAGAGACGAUUCGAUGCGAUGUUCGAUUGGUUGAGGUGAAAGAUCAGAUCGAGAUGCUCGAUCGAGGUAUAAUGAUGUUCUGGCCGAUGAUCGAAAAGAAUUUAGACACACAAGAAUUCAGAGAUGUUGCUGGUCAAGUUAGGAAUAUUGCUUACGGAGUCGAACAUUUGAUUGAUUCUUUCUUGGUUGGAGAAGCUCCUUUGUGGUACCUAACUGUUAGUCUCAAGAAUGUCAUCCAUAAUGUAGAGAGGAUUCAGGCUCGGGUUCGAGAAAUGCUGAAAAAUUACGAAUCCAGGGCGUUAAUAGUAUCGAAAGAUUAUUGUGCUCGACAGCCAUUGCAAUGGCGAAUGGGUGCUGAAGACGGCGACAUUGGAAAUGGAUUUUUCGAAGAAGAGGAAAUGAGUAUCCUUGAGAAACUUAUGGGAGGAACUGAAAGUUUACAGAUAAUUUCUAUUGUCGGGACGCCUGGACUUGGAAAAUCGACGCUGGCAAAGAAGCUACACGAUCAUCCUUCAGUCGUUGAACGAUUCGACAGACGAUCUUUUUCCAUUGUUUCCCAGAAUUAUCAUAGGAAGAAUCUGCUGAGUGACAUUUUGAGCAAUUUGGAAGAAGGGGCUGAAACAGAGGGAUUGGAUGAAGAUGGCGUCGCCAUAAAAAUCCGACAAAUUUUAUUGGGAAGGAGAUGUUUGGUGACGUUGGACGAUAUAUGGAGCUACAAUACAUGGGAUGAUCUUCGAAUUUGCUUCGCCGACGUUGCAAAUGGCAGCCGGAUAUUGUUUACAUCUCGAAACAAAGAUGUGGCUCCACCAGGUAGUAGCGUUGUUAACAAGCUUCCAUUUUGGUCUAACGAUCAAUGUUGGAGGCUUUUAGAGAGGAAGAUCUUCGGCCGGGGAACUUGUCAUGAAGAACUGAAGAGGAUCGGACAGGAAAUCGCGGCGAAAUGCAAAGGAUUGCCGCUUGUUGCGACUGUUAUAGGAGGUGUUCUUUCGAGUAUGGAUAAGGAAGUUCUAACAUGGGAAAAUGUAGCGCGAAAUUUGGAUUCGUAUCUUUCUCUCGAUCAAAAUAAGUCGAUUAUGCAAAUUUUGGAGCUUAGCUACACACAUUUGCCGCAUCAUUUGAAGCCGUGCUUUCUUUAUUUCGGCGUGUUUCAAGAAGACACAGAAAUCUCUGUUACCAAGCUGAUACAGUUAUGGAUUGCCGAAGGUUUUGUAAAUAAGUCGAAGAAGAAAGAAGCCGAGAGUUUGGGCGAAGAAUAUUUGAUCGAUUUGAUAAACAAAAGCCUCGUCAUAGUUGUGAAAAGGCGAUCGAAUGGGGGAGCAAAAACAUGCGUAGUUCAUGAUCUGCUGCAUGAUAUGUGUUUGCGAAUCGGCGAGGCAGAGAACUUUCUGAAGCGCGAAAUUCGGGAUCAAUGGAGGUUCGAUCCAAAAUAUUGCGCCGGGAUCGAGUCAUUCUUUUUGUCGAAUCGUCUGGUUCUUCAAUCGUCUUGUAAAUGCUUACAACCUUACGGCCCUUGGAUUCGAUCAUUCUUUUUGUCAGCAUCGCCGAGUGAACAUCUUUCUGUCGACAACUUGAAACUGCUUCGAGUUUUAGAUUGUUUGGCGCAAUAUUGGAGCAGCUCUUACAACGUGAUUGGGAUCGAAAGGCUCGUAAACUUGAGAUACUUGUCGCUAAGACAAGCGCCGAAAUGUAUCCUAAAUCUUACAAACCUCGAAUAUCUCAUUGUCGCAAGAGAAAUCCGUCUGUCGCCGGCUAUACUGAAGAUGCCGAAGCUGAGAUACCUCAGAGCCUACAAUGUCAUUCCCGACAAUUCCUGUCGUAACAUCUCCGAAACAAAUAACUUGGAGUUUCUCUCCCUUUUCUACAUCGAAAAACAAAACUACGACGAAAUUCUCAAAUAUUCACCUCAUCUUCGCAGACUCAAAUGCAACUUUUUCUCGUCGUCGCGGAAGGGUAAGGCAAUUAUUCCUCGGUGCUUCGACUUGAGUUUUCUUCGAGCACUGGAGUCGCUGUCAGUGUCAUCCUCCGGCCGAUGUAGGAUGAUCGAGAUUCGAUUCCCAGAUACUCUGAGAAAGGUGAGUCUUAAUGGCUUCUGCUUUCCAUGGCGAAAGAUGUCGAUGCUCGGCGCAUUGCCGAACCUCGAGGUUUUAAAAUUACGACGCGAUGCAUUCGUCGGAAAGCGAUGGGAGACGAGGGAGUUCGAAUUCCAGAAGCUGAGAUGGCUGGAGCUAUGGCAUUUGGAUGUGGAGCAAUGGGAGGUGUCUUGUGGUGAUCAUUUCCCCAAGCUGGAGCAGCUGGUGGUGCGAUUUUGCAACUUUCUGGUAAGGAUUCCGAGAGAGAUUGGUCAUAUUGGGAGUCUGCAAUCGAUUAAGGUGUGGUGCUGUGGAGAAUCGAUUAAGGAGUCUGUGCGUGAGAUUGUGCAGGAGCAAGAGGAUUGGGGGAACGAUGAUCUUAGGGUUAUACUGGACAGGUUCUGAUUGGGUAGUGGCUAGUGGUGGGUAAAAGAGUCGAUCUGAACCGCCUAACUGCUGAACUAAACUGAAUUGAAUUGAAUUGAAUUGAAUUUUCAGCUAACAGAAUAAAUUUGAUUCGAA